AUGGAUAAGCCUACUGAGAAAGUGAAUAACAAUGAAACUGAUGAGAAUAACAAAAGUGACUUGAUCAGCACAACGAAAGAGAUCGCUAGAGAGCAUUCAAGUAAUCCCAUUCAACAAUUAGAUUCUUUGAAUUGUCUUGGUAACAGCUAUUAUGGUGAUGAGGGGGGAAAUAAUAAUAAUAAUAAUAAUGUUAAUGAGACAAGCGAUUUCAGUAGCACUUUGAAUAAUAAUUCUACAAACUUGAAGUCGCCGGUGACACCAUUGAAGAAUAUCAAAGCUGAUCUAGUUGAAAGUAGAAGACUAGUGUCGAAAGGGUAUAACACUGCAAAGCCACUAUUGCAUACUACCACUUCACCUUCACCGUCUUCUAAUUCAAUAACAAGAAAAAUUUUAACUAACGGUAGUUUAACACAUCAUAACAAUCAUCACGAUCAUGGCGUACACGCAACCAGUAAUAUGAACAACAAUAAUAAAAAUGACAAUAGCAGCAAUAACACUGCUAACAACAUAAUUACUCCAUAUGCUUCUAGUCCAUCGGAUUGUAUAAACUCGUUGAAUUAUGAAUCAGCAGAAAAUGAAUUGACCAAUUCAAUUAUUCAUGAUAAUUAUAUGAUGAAUGAUGUCGUCGUCGUCGGCGGUGACGACGGUGAAGCCGAUGGUGAUGGUGAUGUGAAUCAUUUAAAGAAAUUGAAAUCUGCGCAGAAAACAGAACACAAAUCUUUAUGGAAACGUAGUUCCUUUGGGAGUUUAACACGUCGUAGUUCAUCUGUGUCGAAAACACUGCAAAGAAAUAAUUUCAAUGGAUUCAAUCAAUCAGAUCAUGAUGAGAAUAAACGAUUGGUAAUAAGCAGACCAGUGCUGUUAAGUCGACCGAAUUCAAUUACUCAAACAUCUCUAAACAAGUUACCGUCAAAUUUUUCUUCAUCUUCAAUUAUUGGUGGGUUAACCGAACCAAGCAGUUUAGUCAGUUCAACAAGUCGUGGAAGCUCACUAGCUGUUGUCUCUUCUUCCAAUGGUUGCAGCGGUGGUGGUAUUGGUGGAUGUGAUAGUAGUAAUGGGGGAUAUGCUUCAUCGGUGAAUAACGUCCAAGAAGAAUUAUUAGCACAUUCAUUGAAUACAGAUUUUGAUCAAGGCCAACAGCAACAGCAGCAGCAGCAUCAACAACAACCACUAUCGUCAGCAUCAUCCUGUUAUUAUGAAGUGUCAACGAAUGCAUCACUUUCACCAGCGCCUAGUUUAUCAUCGAUGACAUCAGUUUCUGGUGGUCUACCGCAUUCAUUAACAUCUAGCAUUAUAAGUACACAACGCAUACAAAUAAUGCUAGUACAACUGCGAAUACAACCUAUUUACUGCCUAAUUCUACUAUUGCAUCAACUGCCAAGAAUCCAAAAUUUAUCUCCAUCUGCAACUUUGGUUAACUUGUCAGCUAAAAAUGUAUGUGACACUGGUGUCUUGUCUUCGUCACCAACGUCAUGCUCAUCAUCAAGUCUACUAAGGAAUAAAUCAAAGUUGCUGUUCAAUCGUGAUAUCUACCAGCCAUCAAGUCAGAUGAGUCCAAGUCAUUCUGUGUUUUCUGCUGUUACUAAUCCCCUACAGCAUGAAGACUUAACACGUAUACACGGAUCACAUCUAUCGUCAUCAUCUUCGUCUUCGAUAUCAUCGCCUACUACUACGGCUCCUUUCGCUUAUGAUUCAAAUGGACAGUAUUCACAGAAAAGCAGAGAUUUUGCUGAUUUCCUGAAUAAAGACAUCAAUAUAUCUGAGUCUUCAUCGUCAACAUCUUCCAAAGCGCAAAUGAGUACAACUCGAAUUGGAUUGGAUGCUCAAUCAAAUUUAUACAGAUCACCUUUCAAAUCAAGCCUAUCUAGGCUACCGCGAGGUGGUAGUCAACGUGAUAAUAAUAAUAAUGGGGAUAAUGGAGAAGAUGUACUUGCUAUUUAA